UUCCUGGGAUCCAACUUAUUGUUUUGUUGUUCAUGCAGUACAAUAUCUUAUUUAUCUGGUCUUCUAGACAAGGAAGACAGAUCUGUACGAAUUGCUGCUGGUGAAGCACUUGCUCUGAUUUUUGAAAUUGGAGUUAUAGAUAAAUUUUCUGCCCAGUCAGACAAUGCAAGUGAUGCAACGCAAGAAGGGAGUAAACCACUCGAAAGCUACAUAUUUUUACAGGGACUGAAAGGAAAGGUGUUGAAUCAAUGCAAAAAACUUUCCAUAGAGGCGGGUGGAAAAGGUUCUGCAAAGAAAGAUCUUAAUAGUCAAAGGAACUUGUUCCGAGAUAUAUUGGAUUUUUUUGAGUAUGGUUACUCCCCGGAUAUUUCAAUGAAGAUUGGGGGUGAUUCCCUGCAGACAUCAUCAUGGUCUGAAAUGAUACAGUUGAAUUUUAUCAAGCAUUUUCUUGGAGGAGGAUUCGUUAAGCAUAUGCAGGAAAAUGAGUUCCUACAUGAUGUAUUUGGUUUUUCGCCGAAGAAAAAAUAUCUUAAUAGCGGCGAACACAAAAUGUCUGGUGGUGAAAAGAGAAUGUUUAAAUCUCCAAAUUCGGUUUUGAACAAGGCUAGGACGCAAUUACUUAAUAAGCAGCGGGUAUUAUCUGAGGGCAGAAACUUCGGCCACUACGCUGUCGGUAUGGCUGACGAAGAUGCAUGAAUUUGAUUGGGAA